UAAUUGUGUGCCCUAGGCUAGGCCAGGCCAGGCCAGACGAAGCAGUGACAGGCAAUUGAACCAUCGAAGGCGGGAAGUAGGAGGUCUCGAUCAGUUGAAGAAGGUGGGGAACCUCUCGAAGAUGGGGGCUGGGGAAGACGAAAACCUAAACAUGGAGCAGUCAACGACGGCAGUGAACGAAGACGACGAUGAGCACGAUUCCAAGGAGAGGGUUCUACAGAGGUACUUCCUUCAGGAAUGGAAGCUGGUUAAAUCUCUCCUCGAUGAAAUCGUUUCCGAUGGCUGCGUCUCAGAUUUCUCUUCCGUUCACAAGAUUCGCUCCAUCGUGGACAAAUAUCAGCAACAGGGUCAGCUGUUAGAGCCUUACCUGGAGAGCAUAGUUUCUCCUCUGAUGUCCAUUGUACGCUCUAGAACAAUUGAACUUGGAACUGACUCAGAUGAGGUUCUAGAUGUAAUUAAGCCCAUAUGUAUUAUAAUAUAUUCUCUGGUCACGGUUUGUGGUCACAAAGCUGUUACGAAGUUCUUCCCACAUCAGGUUUCUGAUUUAGAACUAGCAGUUGCUCUCUUGGAGAAGUGUCAUGUUGCAAAUUCUGUUACAUCACUGCGGCAAGAAAGUACAGGAGAGAUGGAGGCAAAAUGUGUCAUGCUACUGUGGCUUUCCAUUUUGGUGCUGGUUCCUUUUAAUAUCUCGUCUGUGGAUAGUAGUAUUGUUCACAGUAAUUAUAUUGGGUCAGAUGAGCCACCCCCAUUGGUGCUGAAGAUAUUAGAGUUCUCUAAAGAUUAUCUUUCAAAUGCGGGUCCCAUGCGAACCAUAGCUGGGUUGCUGCUCUCAAGGCUUCUAACGCGCCCUGAUACUUUGAAGGCUUAUACCAGCUUCAUUGAUUGGACACACAAAGUUCUAUCUUCUGUCACAGAAGAUGUUAUGGAUCACUUUCGGUUACUUGGUGCAGUAGAAGCGUUGGCUGCCAUCUUCAAGGUUGGCAGUCGGAAACUGUUGCUUGAUGUGGUUCCUGUUGUUUGGAAUGACACAUCUGUCUUGAUGAAGUCUCAGAUAGCAGCUCGAAGUCCUUUGCUUCGCAAGUAUCUGGUAAAGUUGAGUCAGCGGAUUGGGUUAACUUGCCUCCCUCAUCGUUCACCCUCCUGGCGCUAUAUGGGUAGACAAAGCACGCUUGUGGAGAAUAUUUCACAGGAAGUAUCAAGCAGAACUGAUGAUCAAUGCAAUCAUGUUACCAAUUUGGACACCAGUCUAGAAUCAAAUGCAGGCUGCCCAGAAGAGGAGGAUAUUGAUGUUCCAGAAAUUGUUGAGGAGAUAAUUGAAUUGUUGCUGUCAGGAUUGAGAGAUACGGACACAAUUGUGCGUUGGUCAGCUGCAAAAGGUAUUGGCCGGGUAACUUCACGCCUAACAUAUAACCUCUCAGAUGAAGUCCUGUCAUCUGUGUUGGAGCUGUUUUCACCUGGUGAGGGAGAUGGUUCGUGGCAUGGAGGCUGCAUGGCCUUGGCUGAGCUAGCUCGGAGAGGAUUGCUCUUACCUAUCAGUUUUUCCAAAGUUGUACCGGUUGUUGUCAAGGCACUGCAUUAUGAUGUGCGAAGAGGUCCACACAGUGUUGGAUCACAUGUCCGUGAUGCUGCCGCUUAUGUUUGUUGGGCAUUUGGCCGUGCUUAUUACCACACAGAUAUGGAACCUGUACUGGCAUUGCUUGCUCCACACCUUUUAACUGUGGCCUGCUAUGACCGUGAGGUAAAUUGUAGAAGAGCUGCUGCAGCUGCUUUUCAGGAGAAUGUUGGGAGACAAGGGAAUUACCCUCAUGGCAUUGACAUAGUGAAUACAGCUGAUUAUUUUGCACUAUCCUCACGUGUAAACUCUUAUCAUCAUGUUGCUGUCCACAUUGCUCAGUAUGAUGGUUACCUUUGUCCUUUCAUAGAUGAAUUGCUAAAUAACAAGAUUUGUCACUGGGAAAAAGGUUUGAGAGAACUUGCUGCUACUGCCCUUGCUGCUCUUGUAAAAUAUAAUCCUGAAAAUUUUGCAAAUUUUGUUCUUGAGAAGUUGAUUCCUUGCACUCUCUCGUCUGAUCUGUGCAUGCGUCAUGGUGCAACUUUAGCUGCUGGGGAACUUGUUUUGGCUUCGUACAGGUGUGAUUAUGCUCUUUCAGCAGAAAAGCAAAAACAUGUUGCUGGAUUGGUUCCUGCUAUUGAGAAAGCACGGCUAUAUCGUGGGAAGGGUGGAGAGAUAAUGCGUGCGGCUGUUUCUCGGUUCAUUGAAUGUAUCUCUACAGCUCAUGUACCACUGCCAGAAAAAGUUAAACGAAGUUUGCUUGACACCCUCAACGAGAAUUUGAGACACCCUAAUUCUCAUAUACAGAAUGCUGCUGUUGAGUCCCUGAGACACUUUGUUCAGGCUUACCUAAUUGACAAAGAUGAUAAAAGUGUUAAUGAAGUCAUAUUUAAGUACCUAGAACAGUUGAGGGAUCCUAAUGUAGCUGCAAGAAGAGGAUCUGCAUUGGCACUUGGUAAGUUGCCUUCUAAGUUUUUGGCCACAAGAUGGAAGGUUGUGCUGCCAAAGCUUUGUAGUGCUUGUGCAAUUGAGGAUAACCCGGAAGAUAGGGAUGCUGAAGCACGUGUUAAUGCUGUCAAAGGUCUUGUAUCAGUGUGUGAAACACUGACUGGGUCAGGGGAAUGUUCAGAUUGCCACUUGGGGGAGGCUGAUGUGCCUCUUUUCUCUUUCAUCAAGAAUGAAGUGAUGGAGUGUUUAUUCAAAGCUCUUGAUGAUUACUCCACUGAUAACAGAGGUGAUGUUGGUUCUUGGGUUCGUGAGGCUGCUAUGGAUGGCCUUGAGAGAUGUACGUAUAUCCUUUGCAAGAGAGAUUCCAUGGGUCAAUUGAGUCUACCAUGUAAUGUAGAAACUUCCUCAGAGGAGCUUAUCAAUGACAUUUCUGAGAAUGAGAAGAUGUUUUCAUUUUUUGAUGCAAAUCUUGCUAAAAGUUUAGUUGGUGGGAUUGCUAAGCAAGCUGUAGAGAAAAUGGACAAAAUAAGAGAAAUGGCUGGGAAGGUUCUCCAAAGGAUUUUGCACAACAAAAUGUUCUUUGUCCCCUUCAUACCUUAUAGGGAAAAGUUAGAAGAAAUAAUUCCCAACAGGUCAAAUUUAGACUGGGGGGUACCCACAUUCUCAUAUCCUCGUUAUGUCCACUUACUUCAGCCUAGUUGUUACAGUAAAUCUGUGCUGUCUGGUUUAGUUAUUUCUGUUGGUGGGAUACAAGAUUCUCUGAGAAAGGUGUCAACUACUGCCUUACUGGAAUAUCUUCAAGAUACAGAAAAACACAAUGAACAAAAUUCCAGAGAGUUCAUUUUGUCUAUUGAUAUUCUUUGGGUUCUCCAACAGUACAAAAGAUGUGACCGAGUCAUUAUUCCUACGUUAAAGACUAUUGAAAUUCUCUUCAGCAAAAAGGUGUUGUUGAACAUGGGGGCCCAGACUCCAGUGUUCUGUGUUGGUGUUUUGGAUUCUCUCAGCAUUGAGUUGAAAGCCUCAAAGGACUUCUCUAAGUUGUACGCAGGAAUAGCAAUACUUGGUUAUAUUGCUUCACUACCAGAUUCCAUUGGUGUCCAGGCUUUCUCUCAUCUUUUGAGUUUCCUUGGCCAUCGAUACCCCAAGAUACGGAAGGCUGCUGCUGAACAGGUAUACCUUGUUCUCUUGCAAAAUGGAAAUCUAGUAGCAGAAGACAAAAUAGAGAAAGCACUUGAAAUCAUUUCCGAAACUUGCUGGGAGGGUGAUGCUCUGGAAGCAAAGGCGCUAAGAUUACAGCUCUAUGAUAUGGCUGGUCUAGAAGCUGCACAGUUUCUCAAAACCACCUCAGAGACAUCAAAGGAUGGUGGAAAAAGGCCAUCAGCUGUCGAUGAGAAUGCCUCCUACUCAUCAUUAGUAGGAUCUGCUGGGUUUUGAUGCCUCUGUUAGAGAACCCGUCUGUCUUCUUGUUGAUGUCAAUUAUUAUUCUAUCAUUAUGUCUGUUAUGCUCAAGUUACCCUCCAGAGAAAUGUGAAGAGUGAUUCAUAUUCAUUUGCUCGCUGACGGGGUGAAGGGCAAAGAGCUGAUCUGGAGAGUAUUAUGGGUUGGCUGCUGCUGAAGCCUCCGGUUCCUCACCCUUGAUGAAGAGGAGUUACUAAAUGCUCUUCUGCUGCAGCUGCAUUGCAUUUCCAGGCACCAUGUUGCCAAUGCUUGUCAAGGAGAUGAGCGAAUGCAUGUUCGGUUAGCUUGCAGUUUUGAAAGCAGAGAAAGCCUGUAACCUUGUUGGUAAGUUGUGUUUGUGUAGUUGGCUGUUGGCAAUUUGUAAUUGUGCUCUUGUUUUGGAAGUUCUCCGGCUGCAUCUGCAUUAGGGAGUGUUUUUAUCUUCAAUGGGUGGCUCGAACCUGGUUUUGAAUCAGCCUACUAUCAGGCAGUAAGGUGAAUUAUGCUUGUGUACAAGCUCAGUUUUAUUUCCGAUUGAGUUCAGUUUUAAUUUUUCAAGCCUGUUCAGUCAAAACACAUAUAAGAACUCAACUUCCCCGUGAGAUCUAAAGAUAUUAUGCAAUAAAUAUAAUAUGUUUAGCCUUAAAAAAGUUUUAUAUUAUAUU